AUGGCGGCACCACGCGUCCUAGUCCUGCCUUACCCCGCGCAGGGCCAUGUCAUCCCUAUGAUGGAGCUCUCCCACUGCCUCGUCGAGCACGGCGUCAAGGUCACCUUCGUGAACACCGAGCUAAACCACGGUCUCAUUCUCGGUGCCUUGGCCACCGGGGACAGCGAACCCGGCGGCGUCGACAUGAUGUCCAUACCAGAUGGCCUGGGCUGCGGCGAAGACCGGAAGGACCUCGCCCGUCUCACCGACUCGUUCUCGAAGGUCAUGCCCGGCGAGCUGGAGAAGCUCAUUGCCAGCAUCAAUGCCGCCGAUGAGCGGCGAGAGCGCGAGAAGGUCAGCUGGUUGAUCGCCGACGUGAACAUGGCGUGGGCCUUCCCCGUGGCGAAGAAGCACGGCCUCCGGACCGCCGGGUUCUGCCCGUCGGCGGCGGCGAUGUUCGCGACGAGGAUCAAAAUUCCUGAGAUGAUACGCGACGGCGUCCUCGACGAGAGAGGCUGGCCCAAGCGGCGCGGCACGUUUCGGCUGGCUCCGGCGAUGCCGGCCAUCGACACGUCGGAGUUCUCGUGGAACCGCGCCGGCGACGCCAAGGGCCAGCCAAUCAUCUUCCAGCUGAUCCACCGGAACAACGAGGCCACGCACCUCGCCGAGACCAUCGUCUGCAACUCCGUCCAGGAGCUCGAGCCCGGGGCCUUGGCGCUGUUCCCCCGCGUCCUCCCCGUGGGCCCGCUCUCGGUCUCCUCCGACAAGCCGGCGGGCAGCUUCUGGGCCGAGGACGCCUCCUGCGCCGCGUGGCUGGACGCGCAGCCGGCCAGCUCCGUCGUGUACGUCGCGUUCGGCAGCCUCGCCGCCUACGACGCCGCGCAGCUAGUCGAGCUGGCCGAGGGGCUGCUGCUGACCUCCCGGCCGUUCCUGUGGGUGGUCAGGCCAGGGUCGGCGGGGGACCAGCUCCUUGAGCAGCUCCGCCGCCGCGCCGCGCCGCGCGGGCGCGUGGUGAGCUGGUGCCCGCAGCAGAGCGUGCUGGCGCACCCCGCGGUCGCCUGCUUCCUGACGCACUGCGGCUGGAACUCGACGAUGGAGGCGGUGCGGAGCGGCGUGCCGCUCCUGUGCUGGCCCUGCUUCACCGACCAGUUCCUGAACCAGAGCUACAUCUGCGACGUGUGGGGGACGGGGCUGAAGGUGCCAUUGCCGCCAGCGGCGGCGGCGACACACGGAACGGGGCUCGUGGGGAGAGAAGUUGUUCGGGACAAGAUCGAGGAGCUGCUCGGCGACAAUGAGACGAAGGCGAGGGCGCUGGCGCUGCGGGAUCUCGCCCGCCGGGCAGUCGGCGAUGGCGGGUCGUCGCGCCAGAAUCUCAGGUGGUUCUUAGAUCUUGUGCGAGGAUGA